AAGCUGAAUAAACUACUACAUAGUAAGGCACCUCAGAGUACCGUUCAUCCAAUCCUUGAUAGCGAACAGGGCGGGGGUCUCCUCAACGUGGAGAUAUGCAAUCCAUCUCCAAAGACGACUCUGAAGCUCAUACAGCGUCUGAAAGCACUCAUUAUGGAGCUCAUCCCUGACGAAGUUGACAUUGAGCAGCUCAAACUCCCGGAAGUCAAGAAUCAAGUUAUUUCACCAGAUACAGUAUCUGUAUUUGUAGACGCCGGCGGUGAUUGCCGUGAUGCUGUUCCAUUUUGUCUCCUAAAACUUAAAGAACAUUUCAAAAGCGAGGCACUAGAAGACCAAUCAGAUUAUGACGAACAUAUAUGUAGAAGCGUAGCAUGUGAAGCACUCGCGCGUUAUGUUGUCAGACGCGUAGAUGCAGAGCGUUUACCAAAGUUACUGUCUAAGCGUUUCUCAUAUGUGGAAUCAGAUGGUGAUAAUAGCACACCAUCAAGCGUUUUGGAACUCGCUAUAGAUCUCCAUGCGACAUUCUUCCUGUCCUCAGAUGAGGCUCAAACAGCUAUUACAUCCCUUUGGAGUGGUAGUUGGAUACAGGUACAUGCAGACAAAGAGCAGAUCGAAUAUUUACCGUACAGCAAAGGCGCUGGACACUCCCUUCUUUCUCACUUCGAUCCUUCUCGUAUUGGCGUUCCAAAAUAUCAGAACUACCUGCGUAUUGUCAUAUGGCUAGGAUUUCUAGCAAUCUAUUCACUUUCUGUUCAAUCUCCAACUGAACAGCUCAAUCCGGAGAAGACAUUCGACUUUUGGGAGGUCCUUCUGUAUGGCAUGUCAAUCAGCUUCCUCCUUGAAGAGGCUAACAAAGUCUUCAAAAGCGUUCGUAACCAGGGGAUGUCAAGUGUCUUCUCUUUUUGGACAAUCAUCAAUACUGUCACUUAUCUCUUGCUCACUAUCGCAUUUACAUUGAGAAUUGCUGGUAUAUUUAGUUUGAAUGACACUUCAAGUGAGAAUUUACAUAUGCUCAGUUUUGAAUUCCUCUCAUUGACUUCACCUUUAAUUUGGAUAAAGCUCUUGCCAAUUUUUGAUGGCUUCCUCUGGAUUGGUACUAUGGAACUGGUCGUCAUUAGAAUGAUAAGAGAAAGUUUCAUAUUUUUCCUUCUUUUGACUGUAUUUUUUGCAGGACACGCUCAAGCAUUAUUUGCCCUUGACGCUGCUGAUGGUGAACAAGGCAGUUUCACGAGCAUAUGCAAGAUGCUCCUUAGAAGUCUCUUCGGUGAUGCUGAUUUCGACACUUUGUCACAUCAUCAAAGGUUUGGACAGCCAUUUGGUGAAAUUAUUUUCUACGUCUGGAAUGUGGUCACUAUCUUAAUACUUAUGAACGUACUCGUCGCGCUCUAUGCGAGCAGUUACGAAGGUGUUACAGACGAUGCAGUUAAUGAAUUCAUGGCCUUCUUUGCCGGUAAAACUAUAUCAAUGAUUAGAACACCAGAUCAGUACGUCUAUAUUGCGCCAUUCAAUUUGAUUGAAGGUCUCUUUAUCGCACCACUUGAAUAUUUUGUCAAUAAGAAGACAUACAGGAAAAUCAACAGAUGGACCUUAAGCAUUUUGUUCUUUAUACCAUUAUCGAUUAUUGCUACACUGGAAGCUAAUGAUCAUUUUACCAAAACUAAAUUCUGGAAAAGUCUCAUCGAUACGCGUAUUCCUUUCGAUGGUGAGGGCGAUGCCUUUGACCCAGCAACCGAAGGGGAAGAAUACGUCAUUUCCAAACACUCUUUCAAUGCUUUGAAAUCAAGGUUACCUGAUAAUUCUAAGACACUUGAGAAGUCUUUCGACAAGUCCUUCAAGAACUUGGCUGAUGAGCUCAAAACAUAUUAUUCACUUUCAGAGAAGAUACAAGAAGACAUAAAGCGUGUCGAGACCAUUCUUGCAGAAAAGAAAGAAGGUGGUGUGAAAGAAGACAACAGAUCAAAGUCAUCACAAGGUAAUCAAAAAAACAAAAAGAAUAAGAAGUGAUGGUUUAAAUGAAUUACGAGUUUUUGCAUGUAAGGAAUACAUUAGCAUUAACGUUAAGUCUUGUAUGCUAGAAUGAAUGAUAUCAUGAC